CCGUGAUUUCAAUGCGGACCGUGAACGCAUCACCAGACUUCACGUUCAGUUUCGUUUCUUUAAGUUUCUGAUCGGACGGAGCAGCCCAAGCAAAACAACUCCAGCACCUCCAUCAGCUUCACCUCCAUCAUCAUCUUCACCUUCACAAUGAGUGACCCAGGCAGUACCCUUCAGUCCAGGCUGCAGCGGCUGCAGAGUCACUUCACAUGGGAUCUAAAGAAGGAAGACCUCGACCUGAAGAACCUGAGCACUCGACUCAAGGACCACCUAGACCUUCAGUUGGGACAGCAGGGAGCGGUGGCUCGUUCCUACAGCUUCUUGGCUUAUGUCAGGUACCUUCAGGAUCAACGAGAAGAGGCGAUGGACCUUCUCAGCCAAUCAGAGAAGACAAACAGAGAGUGUUAUGGUGAGGACUGUGAGCCGCGGCUCAUUGUGACAUACGGAGACAUGGCCUGGUUGAAAUACCACACCGGAGACUACACACAGUCACAAAGUUACUGCCAGAAGGUCGACGACAUACUGAUGAAGUAUCCCACCGGAUCCUCCACAGCUCUCCUCCCGGAGGUUUAUGGAGAAAAAGGUUGGACCUACCUGAAGCUUUACAACCUCAAAGCUGUUGACUGUUUCCAGCAAGCUUUAGAGCUUCAGCCUGACGACAGCGAGUGGAACGCUGGCUAUGCCAUCGCCCUGCACCGGAGAGAGAUGAAGGUUUUAGAAACGUUGAAGGAAGGUGAGGAGUCACCAGCCGUCAAGCAGCUUCAUCGAGCCCUGGAGGUCAACCCUGACGAUGGUGUUCUGCUGUCGAUACUGGCUCUGAAGCUGCUCAAAGAGAAACCCCAAGAGGCUGAACGGCUGGUAGAGAGAGCACUGAAGAUAGGUCCUGACAACCCUCAUGUCACGCGCUACGUCGCAAAAUAUCUUCGCAUCAAGGAUGAGGACGAGCGGUCCAUCGAACUGCUGAAACGAGCGCUAAAGAGGACGAGUCAGUCGGCUUUUAUCCACCACCAGCUGUUUGUUUGUUACAGGAAGAAGAAGAACGCUGAGCAGAGCAAGAAACCCUUCAACAAACACAAGGUGAAGCAGUGGAGGAGUCUGUGCAUUCAACACCUGGAGGAAGCCAUCAUCAUAAAACCUUCAUUUGACCUCGCCAUCAUUGAGUUGGCACUUCUGUAUGGAGAGGACAAUAACCUGAUCAGGGCAGAUGAGUUUUUCCAGCGGGGUUUAAAGAGUCUCUCUGAGACAAACCAGAGCUUUCAUCAAGUGUUCCACCAUCAUUACGCUGAAUUUUACUACUACCACAAGAAAGACGAGGUGGGGGCCAUCACACAAUACACUGAGGCGCUGAAGUUAACUCCAAAGACGUGGGAGUGGAAACAGUGUGUCAAGAAGUUGAAGCAGAUCGCAGAGCGGCGUCUCUCAGACAACGAGGACGAUGAUGAGGCGUACGCUCUUUUGGGUCUGGUGGCCAAAGCUGAAGGCGAUAAGAAGAUGGCCAUGGAGUUUUAUCAGAAAGCUCUGGACUGUAAAGACCAAGAGCUGUACCUGUCUGCCCUCUUCGAGCUGCGCCUGGGGCUGCAGUGAUGGGCGAUGAGGCCAGUCCGGGUCGGCUGGAAGGUGGCGGCGCCCCUCAGUGGUCCGGGAUGGUCCAAGACCAACCCUAACCACACCCAGACUACAUUUAUUGUUCCCACACUAUAGUAAACAACUCACAGCCGGUCCUGAUUACACAAGGUGCUUAUUAAAUAUGACUGAAUGCAUAUGUUAAUAUGUUCUUGUGUAGUUAAGAGCUCACUGUAGAUCUGUUUGUUUCUUUUUAUUUUAACUGAAUUGUUUAUCUUAAUGUUUGAUUUAAUUUAAAAACUGAAUACAAAAAAA